GCUCUGUGGUGGUUUGUAAUCUGUCUUAAUAGAUCCAUUACUUGAUCUGAGUUGGGCUGUUCUCUUCUGAGCCAAGCUUGCUUUCUUGCCUAUCAGAUUUCUCUUAGAAGGUUCGAAGCACAUAAAGAAGAGGAGGAGCAUCACUAAAAGCAGAAACUGUAGCGCACAGAGCCCAUUCACAGUCAGAUAGUAGCUAUGAUAGAAGAAGGAAUGCACUAAUGGAAAGGCAAAUGCUGCGUGAAGGAGAAAAGAUAUAAGCUGAAGACCAUAUACAUUUCUGCUGCUUAAGAAAAAUGUCACGACCAGCAAACAAAAGACCAGAGAAUCACAAAAUAGACUGGCAUUUGCCCACCAUUUCAUCCUCUGCAUCAGCACAUCAUAUGAGCAGAGAGCUUUUUGUGCUCACCUACGGUGCUUUGGUUGCCCAGCUGUGUAAAGAUUACGAACAGGAUGAAGACGUGAACAAGUAUUUAGAUGACAUGGGAUACAGUAUUGGCAUCAGGCUGGUUGAAGAUUUUUUAGCUCGCUCUGCUUUGAAGAAGUGCCGGAGUUAUUCUGAAACUGCAGACAUAAUUGCACAGGGUGCUUUCAAGAUGUAUCUGGGUGUCACCCCUAGCGUGACUUGCACUAACGCCAAGGGGAAUGAGUUCUCCCUCAUUCUGGAUAAGAAUCCCCUGAUUGACUUUGUGGAAGAAUUGCCGGCAGCGCGAUCGUCACUUUGCUACUGCAGUCUCCUGUGUGGUGCCAUUAGAGGUGCUCUGGAAGCAGUAAACCUUGCUGCUGAAGUUACUUUCAUUCAGGAUCCAUUGAAGGGUGAUGAAGUGACAGAAAUUGGAAUUACAUUCUUAAAGAAAGUUGAAGAUAAAAAAAAGAAAAGAAAUAAGUGAAUCCAGAGUCAGAAAUAUGGAUAUCUAAUAGUUUGGCUCUUUUACCUGCCUAUGAAGAGAACCUGAUCCAGAAAGGGAAACCACAUAGAACAGGAAAUCUGCCUGUGGAUCCCUCCCUGGAUCAGAUCUAUUAUGACAACAACAAUGAAAAUUGUACUGCAUCCUACUAUCCAAGGAUAUGUGAACGAGAUAACUUCAUCCUCAUUUCCAAGGGCAUGUGAAUGCUAUUCCCUGAUAGAUCAGUUGACAGUUUGGUCCAAGCUAUCUAUGUGAACUCUUGCUCUUUUAAUAAACCUUCCUGUGUGCUUAGGUCACCAGAGGAGGCUCUUCUCUAAAGUUAAAAUAGGGGGCUGUGAUGAGUAGAGCUUUCCUCAAAGUUGCACCCUCCCUGUGGUACUCCUUGCAUAGGUUUAGCAUAACUUGGAAAAGGCUAAACAAGGUGCCUUUUUUCUCCUAUGUGAGACCUGUGGGGGAACUGGCUUUCUUUAUUGCUGCUAUAUAUUUAGGAAUGUUUGGAUCUUUGGUUUCCUAGUUCUAUUUUAUUAUUUUUAUUUGGGUAUUAUUUUUAAACAAGGGCUUAUAUUUAAUUGUGUGAUGAGCCAGCUAUGGAGAUUUGAUAAAGAAGGAUACACAUUGAAUAAAUAAGGACUGAAUGCAAUAAUUGUGGUAAAAAUUACAACUGUCUUAGUAAGAAUAACUCUGUCUCUGUCAGGAUCCAGAAUUAUUAACAGAGCAAUUUUUCAUGUAAAAUGAGGCUUGUUUCAUUACAAGCUUAAGUAGACAACAUCAGGUUUCUCCUAGUCAUGCUCAAAAUGUAAUAGAGACCAAAAGCAGAGAAAGUUAAGUUUGAACAAAUAUCUAAAACUGAUGAAUGUGUUGAAGUUUACUUGGGCUAUGUUAGCCCCUGGCAUAAGUGGAGUUCUUUGAGUCCCCAACUGUCUGCCUUCAUAUUCUUGGAUAUUAAGAGUAGUAUUAGGUUGCAUUGAAACAUUUGCUUGUUUUAUUUUUGGGGGCCCAAGUAGUUCUUUCAGGAGCUCAGAAAUAUUUCCAGAAACCAAUAAAUUAUGUGAAUGUUCAUAGCUGCCAUUGUCCAUCUGCUUCUUUAGAAAGUCUCUCCCCCUAUAAUUACGGAAUCAUUCCUCCCUCUCCUAGGAAUAGACAAUCCCGGACUAAUAAGGAUCACAUAGCAAAUGGGAUGACAUCAUGGCACUAUGUGGUCUAUCUCUUUGGUAGAUCUGACAACAUUGGUGAGGGCAAAGACGACUAAUUUCUAGUGAUAGCAACACUUCCUGAAAUGAUGAAUGCUUUCUGACACUUUUCUGGGAAAAACUAAUAAUUUGUCCAAGGGAAGGAUUUUUCAACACUGCUGGAAAAAAAUUUCAUGAAAAUUGCCCUCACAACUUUUUUGCUUUCUUGAGGAGCCCUAUUUUUCAUACCACAGAAGGCUGCUUAUAAGUUGCUUCUUUCUUGGAAUGGAAAUAGUCCUUCUGUGCAUGCUUAGAUGACAGCCAAACUAGACAAGAUGUCAUCCCCAAGUUCACCCUGGGGAUGCACCUCCAUUCUGUAGACUGAGUUCCAACUGAGGAGCUCCUUUUAACAGCACCACAGGGGCCUGAUUCUGCUCAGGACCUCUGCAACCUGGGGCUCCAGCCUCCCCCUCAUGCCAUUUCUUGACCAAAAUGGUACUGAGGUGGUGUUAUCUGCCAACACAUGACACCUGGUGCCAUUUCAGGUCAUAAAUAGAGAAAGGCAGGAGCCUUUCCUCCUCUCAUGCUGAGGUGGUCCUAACCAGAAUCAGUCCCUUGGAGUGAUGGAGGAGGACGUUUUUUAAUACUCUGCUUUUCUCUACCUUAAGGAGUCUCAAAGCAGCUUAAAUUCACCUUCUCUUCCUCUCCCCACAGCAGGUGGGCUUGAGAGAGUUCUGAGAGCAGGCUUAAUGUGGAGGAAUGGGAAAUCAGACCCAGUUCUCUAGAUUAGAGUCUGCUACUCUUAACCAUUACACCCCGCUAUUAAAAGGACUGGAGCACUCUCAACAAAAUUCAGGUGCAUUCCCAGGACAAAAAACAGAGACACUAUCAUGUCUAGUUUGGCUCGGAGGCCUAAGAACCCUCUCACUCUGGGGCCAAGGAAGACAGACAAAUACUUAAACUGCUUGGAAACCAUCUACUGUGACUAGGGAAUCUUUUGAAAAAAGCAGUGAAGGAAAGGAAGGGGAAUAGACAGAGUCCAUUAACCCACAGCAUCACUAUAUCUAACAAACUGGCAAGCAUCUGUAUGGAUGAUAAGAGGUCAGUUAAAGGAAAAGGAUCAAUAAUCAGCAUGCUCAAGCUCCUAAGAAUGUUUGAGAUUGAGGGAGUGGGUGGGAUGAUUCUGCAUGGCCUUACCCACCUUGUGUUUCCUGUCUUCCAAAGUGGUUGAACAGAGCCUCUUUAUGAAUGUCUGUAAUUUUUAUGUAAUAUUGCAACAUAGUUGCCAUUUUAUUACUGCUUUCUCAAAAACUAAGUAAAAUAUUUUGUGCUUUAAGCUAUUUA